CGUCACGUUGACCCCGAUGGAGGAGUUCAUGGGUGCUGAGUUCGAGGAUUCGCUGUUCGAGGAGAGGCGAGAGCGGCCCAGGCCCGGCCCUGCCCCCACCUACACUGCCAAGGCCUGCGAGCCCCAGUGGUUUUGUGAGAAAAUAACCAGCAAGGAUGAUGUUGAAAUUCUAACCGUCAAAAAAUUCAGAGGAGAUUUGGCUUACAGAAAACAGGAAUUCCAGAAAGCCCUGCAGGAGUACUCCAACUGCUUAGAACUCUUGCCAGCGACCAAUUUUUCCAUGGGGCGAGACAUUUGGGAGAGUCAGGCCCGGUGCUUAGCCCAUCUAGGAAGGCCCAGAGAAGCACUGAGCAUAGCAGAAAAGCUGCGCCAAGAAGCUACGAACUCAGACCACUUAACCACAGUGCUGUACCUCCAGCUGGCCAUCUACCAGAGUCUGGGGGCCUUAGAAAAAUCAAUCCUGGCCCUUCAGCAGCUGGUCAGCCUGCAUCCUUUCAAUCCUUGGAACUGGAAGAAGCUGGCGGAGGUUUACCUCCGGCUUGGGCCUGCCAAAUCUUCCCCCUCAUCCCCUCCGCUGAACGGAUUCCCCUCAGCAGACCCAACUUUCCGAGCCCCUCUGACGUCGUCGGGAAGAGACGCUCCCUCGCGUUCCCUGGAAAGCCAGAACAGGCCGGAUCGACCUCGCACGAGGUUUUCUCCGGGAGUGGAGAGUGGAAAGGCCGCAGCCUCCUGUCACGGCCAGGAAAUGGAGGAAGGCCUCACCGGUUUUCCGGGCCUCCUGGCAGGAGGGAACCAACUUGAUUCUACCGUCAAAAUCAGGGUUCCGGAAGGAUCGACGGAGAUCCGGGUUAAUGCGUGUUCCUCCUUUGUAAGAUCCAGGCUUUUGUUCCAACUCAUCGAAUCUCAGCAGACCUCCUUUGCCUUGGAAAAAAACUUAAAAGCUCAGGAAGAAAUUGAAGAGCAAGUGAAAGCCUUUGGCUUUGAGGAAGAAACUUUAUUAUUGAUCUCUGAGGUCAUGGGAGAGGAUAUCAUUCCGGAAAAAGUCAAAGAUGAAGGUCACGCCGAAGUGAAAUGUGUCGGCUCUGCAGCUCUGGAUGCCUUAGUAAUCGCAUCCGUAAAAGAAUUUGAAGACAGGUGGUUCAGAAAGAUUGAAGAGCAUAUCAGGACUUUUGAAAAUAGGGGCCACUAGUAGGUAGACAUUUCAACCUAGCACCCAAUUUUAAAAGUUCUUGCUUCCGUUUGGCUUUUUCUGGUAUUUCAAGCAGUAGUUGUGGCUAAUAAGAGAUGUAGUGA